CCUAGUGCAGGUCCAUGCAUGGUGCUCCUGUGCAAAUAUUAUUCUCUUUUAGCAAUGUCGGUCACUCGCGUAGGGGUAACCAAAACUAUAGCGCAGGAGGUAGUUUAGUGAGAUUCGGGAAUUUUUCUUCGCUCCCUCCACCCACUUAAGUGCAGGCGAGAGACUUGUGAUUAGUGGCGUGUCUGGAAAAGGUGCCGAGUGGUGUUUCGUUGCAGUAUCUGCCUAUGAAGGCGUAAGUUUGCGUUCGUGCGUAGGAUGAAAACGUGGAACAAACCCAUCUGCAUCCGAAGUGUGGGAUAGUAGCUGUCUAAUAGAAGUGCUCAGAAAAAAAAACAUUCACGUAAAGUUGCCCAACUAUUCGUCAUUAGCAUACGCCACAUACACGGCAGCGCUUUGCUCGAUGCACGGGAGCCAGAACAAAACGGCACCAAAGUCUAGUUUCCCCUUCCUCUGAAAAAAAAAGAAAAAAAACGAAACAAACGAGCUUACACACCCGUAAUGAACACCGUCCCUUCAACUGCGCCGGCCACCAGCCACAAACGGUAAUCGCUUUUAAGUCUGCGCCCGCCAAAGGCGAAUGUUGACCUCUUCACUCGACGACGCUGGCAGAGUCGUCUCCAGUGACGCUCUCGGAUGUUAUCAACGUCUUGCGGAGUAGGCCGGGUCAUUCCAUCACCGAACUAGCGCACCAGGAGAGAAGACCGACCAGGAGAAAGGAGUCGCCACUCCCACACAUUCGUGCAUCGAAGCGCAUCACGCGCGCCCAGCCGCCACUGCAAGGAUGCACUUUUCGAUACCGAGCACGCAGGAGUUUGCAUCCGACGGGAGCGGAUCGUCUUAUACGGGCUUCAACAUCCACAUCAAUGGCAGUUUCCACUGUUGCCUUCGGUACAAGCAGCUGCACAGCCUGCACGAACAGCUGAAACGUUCCCUUCCGUCGAUCGCUCUGCCCAGCUUUCCACCAAAGAAGCUGCUCUCCCUCACGCCGAACCAAAUCGAGCAACGACGUAUGAGCCUUGAGCGGUACAUCCAACUCGUUGGCCAGGAUCCGAUGCUCUGCCGGUCGGAGUUGUUGCGUGCGUUCCUGCUGAACGCCCAGCAGGAGUCUUCGUUCACCGAUUGUAGCGAAGUGACGCUGGACGUCUACCUCAUGAACGGGUACCGGAUAGCGGCAACCGUCUAUACGACCGACUGCACCAGCAAGGUGCUGGAGAAGGCGUGCGCCCUCAUCGACUUGCCGCGUGAGUGCGGCUGUUACUUCGCGCUCUACCUAAUGCGUAAGGAAGCGAACGGUGAACUGACGAUCGCCAAGCGUCUGAUGGACUUUGAGGCGCCGUACAUCUCCGCCAAGCGUUGGGAUGAUUGCAAAUUGGUGUUACGCACCAGCUAUUGGGAUCCGGUGUACGAUCUCGAACUAAUGCGGGACCGGAUUGCGCUCAACCUGCUCUACAUUCAGGCGCUGAGCGACGUCGAGCGGGGCUGGAUCGUGACGACGCGUGAUCUCAACGAACAACUGACGAACAUGCAGGCGCGGGGCAGCAAGAGCGAGUAUCUCGAGAUCGUCCGGAAGUUGCCACUGUACGGGUGUUUGCAGUUUCCGCGCGCCAACGUCGACUACCCUGAGCCGAACACUCGCGCCACCGUGGUGCUGGGAAACAAGGAGCUCAAUCUGCUCACGUUUACCGGGAAGGAUAUGCAGGAAACCAAAUUCAAAGUCACACGCAUCCGGUGCUGGCGCGUUACACCCAUCCAUGUCAACCAGGAACCACCCUUGGCGGUCGUUCAAAUUCAUCCGCAACCGUCGACGCGACAACCAUCACCACCGUCAUCCAAGAUCACGCUGGAGCUUUCCUUCGAGUAUUUGAUGGCGAAGAACCAGCUCAAGUGGAUCACGAUCUACAGCGAACAGUCGAUGCUUAUGUCCGUGUGCCUUCAGUCAAUCGUCGAUGAGUUGCUCAAUCAGAAAAAUGGGUCCGAUCCCGCACACUUGCAGAGUCCGCAACAUGCGGAAUAUGCACCGCUCUCCUACAUCCGACGGGAUGGAUCCAAUCACUGCAUGACGGAUUCUAGUUCAACCGAUACUCUCUACAAUAUCGUAAAUAAUGACUGUGGUAGCAACAAUGGUACAUCGAACGCCACAAACAACGGGUCUUCCUUUAUCCGGCGCAAGCUAAAGGAGUUUAACACGACAGUGCGUUUUAAGAAUGGCAAGGAUUCCGUGCACAACGAGGCAUUCGAGUGGAUCGGCGAUGACGAUCUCUAGGACAUGCGUAAUCUAAACGCUAGAAGAUAAUGCAAAUUUUGAUAACGAAUUUACUGCAAACACCAUCGUACCAUCGUAACCCGAUACUGCUGUAGCCGCACGGCGAGAUGCUUGUCCAUAUGUUUGAGUUUUUUUCCAUUCCCUAUUGUAGGAUGCUGGUAAUUUGUAGACUGUGCUAGUUUUCGUAUCGUACUCCAUUUAUUUUCUCCCUUCCGUUUCUGUGUGGCUCGGGCACUACAGCACUGGCAUUUUAUGUCUGGUGGUGUUCGGAUAGGUUUUCUCUCUAUCUAACUUUGGAUGUUAGUUAUCUAGACGUGAUACCUAUCGAGUGGUUAAAAACUCCUCUAACUAUUUUUUUUUGUAUCGAUAUAGUGAAGUAUAUUGGCUCGGCGUAAUAUGUGUAAAAGUAGCGUGCAACCGGAAACAGCAGCAUUUUGCGAUUGU